GCUCAUCCUCUUUUUUCCGUGACCGAAAGCGAGCAACAGAGCCAAAAAAAGAGCUUAGAGACAGGACCGCGACAAGGCCCCAACAAUCAUGACUUUGAUGGUUAUCAAUUUCUAAUCGCGAGUGUGUACACGAUAAUUUACGAGGCACUCCAUUUAUAUAGAGUAUUCCCUGGGAAUUAACAACAUGAGCCUCACCGGGUAAUUAUCAGAGUCUACUUUUUAUGUACUACGAGUUAUACUCAUAACCACAUCGUUGUCGUCGCGACUUCACCGAAUACAAAAAAGAUGACGGGGUGCAUGUUCAAAUAGUGGUAUUGGUUAUGGGUAUGCACCUGGCGAUGAUGGCUCGCCUCAGGUCCACAACCACCACCACCACCACCAAAAUCACCCGGCUCUCCCGUGGCUGAUGCUGCUCUGAACACACAUGGAGCCUUCCCUUCCCUCACAACCCCCAAUUCCAUCUCAUCAUCAAUUAUAAUCAACUUCAUCCCACAUCUCCAUCUCUCCAUCACCAACACCAACUACUACCAUCACCAAUACCUUCACUUUCUCCCCCCCAGAUCAUGUACCUGCCCCCCACUGCGAACAUACCGGUAAUCUGAAUCCCGCGUCUCUUUGUCGCCUCAACACGGUUACUGUACGCAACUGUACCAACAAUACGACUCCUCCUACCUGCCAUCAUUACAACAGUUACAGCAUCACUCGACAAUCUCACCCAAUCUCUUUGUCUCUGCUCAUCUCCAAUCCCUUCACGACCGACCGACCGACUGUGUCUUCUCCCCCCAUACGCAUCGUCACGUCACGCUCAUGGAACCAUAAUAUAAUCUAACCACCCUGUCCCCCCCCCAAUCCCAACGAGCCAGGGCUCAAAUCUCCCUUAUGGACUCCAACUUUCACAGCACCGUGAUGCAGCGGCCUCAGGAUGAGGAGGACGAGCGCCUGAGACGAGAGCGCUUGAAUCACGUCGCGAACCAGAAUUCUCCACUUCCACUCUACGCGGGUCAAUCACCAACCCAAGCCGCCUACAACGGCCCAUCGUCCUACUCUCCAACAAAGAGUCUUCCACGUCGACCAAGCUUCACCAAACAAUACCAUCCACCGACACCAUCACAGCUUCCUCCUCCACCACCAGGAUCAGCACAUCGUGCGCCAUCGGAGGCAUCCCCUUUGGUCGCAACUCAGACUCCUUACCAGAGCUCUGAGUACCACUCGGCACCACGCGAUAAGCCUACCAGCAAUUACUACGACCCGACUUCCGACUCGGGUGAACCCAGACCAGCAGACCCAACCCGACACAACGGCCAAAACCCAGCACCUCAGCAGAACAAUCGCGACUCCUAUACCUGGUCCCAGACCGGCACCGAAUCGAGAAAUUAUCGAAACGGCGCCUUCACGUCGCCAGUGAAUGCGACCUUCCCAGGGCCCCAAUCGCCUGUCACGUCUCAUUCACAUCCUGCAAGCCGGCUGGGAUCGACUGCCCAGUCACCCAGGGUGACAGCGGCCAUGGAGACUCCGGUCGCGAGGCAGAAUAAUGGGGUUGCUGCUGGCUUACCCGCAGAGCCCACGAUGGCUUCACCAAGCAAGCCGGCACGAACCACAGAUCCGAUGUCCUUCUCGAGCAUCCUUACCGAAUCAGCUCCUGCUGCUCCUACUCCCACCGCGCCCUCAUCGCCACCUCCUGCAAAGGUGCCCAGAAAGUCGUCUCGAGCAUCAAUACCGCCACCUCCCCCAGCUGACGAGACUCCCAUCAAAGAAGAGUCGCGUCGACCGCCACUUCACGCCACGACACCGGUCUCUUCAUCUCGCGUCCCGGCAAAGCGACAAGCAAACGGAAGCCUCAAGGCCAAGAAGUCCGUGGCCGAACAAGAGGAGGAGAUACAAGUUAUGUUGGCCGAAAUCGAUGCGAAUGCCAGCGAUCUCGAGACAUCCGAAUUCGAAGAUGAAAUGUGGCUAUUCAAGGCUCGGUGCCUCAAACGCAGGGUUGAGCUCGACGAAGGUGAGGAGAGGCGACGGAAGAUACGCCGGAGAAAGUACGUCGACGACAUGACAACUAAGCUCAUGAAGCACGCAGAAACCGGCGAAAAGCGAUACCGGGAAAUACAUGGCGAGGAGGCAAUCGCAUCGGUACAGGAGAGAGAGGUCUUGGCCGAAAAAGAGCGCAAGAAGGAUAUGCAACGGAAGCGUCGUCGGGAGAAGACCGUCGCAACGAACCUUGAGCAGAAGGAGGCGCUUUUGAAGAAAGCUCAGCAAACUGCCGAUGAUAAUGAAAGAAAGAAGCUACUCAAGGAAGCCGAGCGCGCGGAGAAGAAGGCUCAGCACACAAAGAUUAUACUUGCGCGCGGCGACAAGGGCCCAGAAAUCCGAACAGUGUCGCCGAUUGAGCCAAAUUUCUCGGGAGGCACUAUGACUACUUUCGCUGCCGAGCCAGAGACCUUCACCGGGAAAGGCAAAGGCAAGGGCCGUGGUGGUGCUCGCUUGCGGAAGUCGAAGGAGCAAAAGCAGGCCGAGAAAGACUCUGCUGUCGCUGCCCAGGCUGCGAUUGAUGCCGGCGAGGAACCUGCACCGCCGCCACCGAGCGAACCGAAAAUCAGACUUAAGCUGGGACCAAAGUCCAAGGAGGAGCCCCGGGAAGAGUCACCGGCAGUUAUCGAGCCGUUUGUUUCAAAGACAUACAAUCAAAUUUACGAUCAGAUUUGGAAAGACAUCGCAAAGAAGGACAUCACCAAGGUUUCUAAGAUCGUCACCGAUUCUCAGAGCGUCAAGGCUUCGAAUUUGAAGAAGACCGCUAUUCUUGCCUCCAAGGAGGCCAAGAGAUGGCAGAUGCGCACCAACAAGGGCACCAAGGAUCUGCAGGCGCGUGCCAAGCGCGUCAUGCGAGAGAUGAUGUCUUUCUGGAAGCGCAACGAGCGCGAGGAGCGUGAUCUCAGAAGACAGGCUGAGAAGCAAGAGAUUGAAAAUGCGAAGAAGGCCGAAGCCGACCGCGAAGCGAACCGCCAGAAGAGAAAGCUCAACUUCCUUAUAUCACAGACGGAGCUGUACUCUCAUUUCAUUGGCAAGAAGAUCAAGACCGAUGAGGUGGAACGCUCGACUGACCACCCCGACGUUGCUGUUGUCAAGGACGCUCAAGGACACGCUCACAAAAUCAAUGUCCCCGACCAGAGCGGCGGCGUUGCCGGAAAGGUUACGAAUUUCGAGGACCUUGACUUCGAUGCCGAGGACGAGUCGGUGCUCACUGCUGCAGCGAUGGCCAAUGCUCAGAACGCAAUCCAGGAGGCGCAGAACAAAGCUCGCGCGUUCAAUAACCCAGAGCCCGCUAUGGACGAGGAGGGCGAAUUGAACUUCCAGAACCCGGCAGGAAUGGGUGAUGUUGAUAUCGAGCAGCCAAAGAUGCUUCAUGCUCAACUGAAGGAGUACCAGCUGAAGGGCCUUAACUGGCUUGUCAACCUAUACGAGCAAGGUAUCAACGGUAUUCUUGCCGAUGAGAUGGGUCUAGGCAAGACCAUUCAGUCCAUCUCUGUCAUGGCCUACCUUGCCGAGAAGCAUGGAAUUUGGGGACCGUUCUUGGUUGUCGCCCCAGCUUCCACUCUCCACAACUGGCAGCAAGAAAUCACGAAAUUCGUGCCCAAGCUCAAGGUUCUUCCUUACUGGGGUACUGCUGCUGACCGCAAGGUUCUCCGCAAGUUCUGGGACCGAAAGCACAUCACCUAUACUGAAGAUGCGCCAUUCCAUGUUCUCAUCACCUCUUACCAACUGGUUGUUUCAGAUGUCGCGUACUUCCAGAAGAUGAGAUGGCAGUACAUGAUUCUGGAUGAAGCUCAGGCUAUCAAGAGCUCGCAAAGUUCGAGAUGGAAGAGUCUCCUGGGAUUCCACUGCCGUAACCGCCUGUUGCUGACUGGCACUCCUAUCCAGAACAACAUGCAAGAGUUGUGGGCUUUGCUGCAUUUCAUCAUGCCUAGUUUGUUCGAUUCCCACGACGAGUUUAGCGAGUGGUUCUCCAAGGAUAUUGAGAGUCACGCCCAGAGUAAUACGAAGCUCAACGAAGACCAGCUGAAGCGUCUGCAUAUGAUUUUGAAGCCAUUCAUGUUACGUCGUGUCAAGAAGCACGUGCAGAAGGAACUCGGCGACAAGAUCGAGUUGGACAUUUUCUGUGACCUGACCUAUCGCCAGAGAGCAUAUUACUCGAACCUUCGCAACCAGAUCAGCAUCAUGGACCUGAUCGAAAAGGCCACCAUCGGAGACGAAGGAGAUGCAGGAACGUUGAUGAACCUGGUCAUGCAAUUCCGAAAGGUCUGCAACCAUCCAGAUCUCUUUGAGCGCGCCGAAACUACAUCUCCAUUCUCGUUCGGCUUCUUCGCAGAGACUGGCUCGUUUAUGCGCGAAGGUCCACUCAUCAAUGUUGUAUACUCCACGAGGAACUUGAUCGAGUACGCAUUGCCACGAUUGAUUUGGCGCAACGGCGGCAGGCUCGAUAUGCCUGGCACAGACAAUGCAAAGGCCGGCUUCCGCCAGAAGUGGAUCGACCACGAGUUGAAUAUUUGGAAGCCUACCAACACCAUCCAAAACAAGGCCUUCUCAUGGGCACGAUUGGCAGGAUGCUCAAGCAAUGAGUUGAGCCUGGCGACCGAUGACCUGUUUGUUCGCGCCGUUGAUUUGGCAAAGAAGCGUAACAACCUAGGUCGAGCUAAUGUCAUCUAUGACGAGAACGAGUACACUCCUGUCGAAUCUAUGCUACGAAUUGUAGACCGCAAUGAUAGGAAGCCGCUGGCUGAGGUUACCGAGGGCUAUAUCGGAAAGCUGUUCAACGUCUCGAAAGACGUGUUUGCAAAUUCGGGUAUGCCACGAAUGGAACAAUGUGGACGCCCAGCUGCAUCAGCACCACCGAUUCAGGUCAGCUGUUCAAGCCGCGGCGCUGUCAUUGAAACGGAGAAUACUCUCUUCAACAUCCCGAUGCGCAAGGCCCUGUACGGACCUUCGAGCCGCGACGAGACAUCACUUGUCGAGUCCAAGAUGCCACUGGAAGUGUUCCCACAACCGAUGAUGCUGCCCACGCCAUCGUCCGAGAAACAGCGAUUUACCAAUAUUCUUGUCCCUUCGAUGAGUCGCUUCGUCACUGACUCCGGAAAGCUUGCGAAGCUGGAUAGUCUCCUGUUCAAGCUCAAGGAAGGCGGUCAUCGUGUUCUUCUCUACUUCCAAAUGACACGCAUGAUCGAUCUCAUGGAGGAGUACCUCACAUAUCGAAACUACAAGUACCUCCGUCUGGAUGGUUCUACGAAGCUCGAAGACCGUCGCGACACAGUGCACGAUUUCCAAACACGUCCCGAGAUCUUCAUCUUCCUGCUCUCCACGCGUGCUGGUGGCCUCGGUAUUAACCUUACCAGCGCCGACACCGUUAUUUUCUACGACUCCGAUUGGAACCCUACCAUCGAUUCUCAGGCCAUGGACCGCGCUCACAGACUGGGCCAGACCAGACAAGUCACCGUGUACCGUAUGAUCACCCGCGGCACUAUCGAAGAGCGAAUCCGCAAGCGCGCGCUGCAGAAGGAGGAGGUCCAGCGUGUCGUCAUAUCUGGUGGCGCUGGUGGUGGCGUCGACUUCAACACAAGGUCUCGCGAGAACAAGGCGAAGGAUAUCGCUAUGUGGCUUGCAGACGAUGACCAAGCGGCUGAGAUCGAGCGUAAGGAGCGUGAGUUGGCUGCGAUCGAGGGAGCGGAGGCUGGGAAGCCGAAGCCGAAGAAGGCUGGGAGGAAGAAGAAGGUCGAGGAGAGGAGCUUGGAAGAGUUGUACCAUGAGGGCGAAGGACACUUUGAUGACGGCAGCGCGAAGCCCUCUGGGACAGCGACGCCGAUUGAAGGCGGUCCGGCGGCGAAGAAAGCCAAGGUCGACAAGAAAAAGGGGGGUGGCAAGAAGGCUAAAACUGCCAAGCAGAGGUUGGCUAUGGCGGAUGGCGACGUCGAUGCCGAUAUGGACGAUAUGGAGAUGUAAUCCGAUCGACGCCGCGCCGCUUGACCUGCUGAGGGCAGUGUUGUAUGUACGAUAAUAGAAAGGCGAGUGCGCUGGGUGCUUGUCUUGGUAGACGCAGUCCACCCUUUUUCUUCUCUGGGCUGAUGGGGGGGGCAUGGCAGGGGAUAAAAAGCAAGACGUUUAAUUUUAUAUGCAUGGGAGCAUUUUUGCUGGCGUUUACUGGUUCGGGGUUGGGAGCCGCAGGGGGUGUGCGGUGUGUACUCAUGUAUGUUUAGAUGAGAUAGAGAGUCGAAAAUUUACUAGCGCAUGAUUUCCCGUUUUGA